AUGGCUUCUCCUAGCAAGGCAGUUAUUGUUCCCGGGAACGGUGGUGGGGAUGUGGCCACUCACGGCUGGUAUGGCUGGGUGAAAAAGAGGUUGGAACAGAUACCUGGUUUCCAGUGUUUGGCUAAGAACAUGCCCGACCCAAUUACAGCUCGAGAGAGCAUCUGGUUGCCCUUCAUGGAGACGGAGCUCCAAUGUGAUGAGAAGACCAUCAUCAUAGGCCACAGUUCUGGGGCCAUUGCUGCCAUGAGGUACGCAGAAACACAUCCGGUAUAUGCUAUUGUAUUAGUGUCUGCAUACACAUCAGAUUUGGGGGAUGAAAAUGAGCGUGCAAGUGGAUACUUCAACCGCCCGUGGAAAUGGGAAAAGAUCAAGGCCAACUGCCCUCACAUUGUGCAGUUUGGAUCCACUGAUGAUCCUUUCCUUCCCUGGGAGGAACAACAAGAAGUUGCUGAUAGUUGGAAGCCAAAUUGUACAAAUUCAGUAACUGUGGCCACUUUCAGAACACGGAGUUUCAUGAACUGA